AACUAUUUUCUUUCUUCCAAGAUGUCAACAGUAUUUUCUAGGACAAAAUAUAAGCUUGCGGAAAAGCUGUUGAAGGAAGUCGAUGUUUAUGGUCGCGCUAGUGUCAAGGAUAGGUCUAAGUUUCUAAAUAAGGUUACAUAUUUGUUUAUCAGUGAAUCUGUCUAAAUUCUUGAUGAAUGGGAAAUAUGUAUUGUGUUUUUUUAGUUACUUCCCCAGCCUCCUCCUCAAGAUGGUUUCUUAUCCUUCUCUCUUAUUUUCUUUUUGUCGAUUAGCACUCAUGCUAUCUGACAAAUGAUUGAAUAUGUGGCUUGCUGUAAAGACGAAACAGUUAAGACUUUAUUAAAAGAAAACAAUCAGUAGAAUGAGAAAAACAAUUGUAGAAUACAAGGCAAGUAUUCUCCGCUACUUAGAAUGGAAAGCACUUUUGCAACCCUCUGACAGUGGAUCACAAGUAGGAGGUAAAUAAGUUACAUUUCCCUAAUGAAGUUGCAAAAAAAAAAAAAAAAAAAAAAAAAAAAGAAAAAAAAAGGGCGAGAGAUAAACCUCCCCACAGGGCACUGAAGUCAAUGGUUCCCCCAUCCUGGUUUUCUUUUCCUUUUCUUUUUGAUCCUUGAACCAAAAUAGGUUUGGUUUGAAUAUAAACCUUAUACCCUUAACGAUUAAAUUUUCUUUCCCCGGUGAAAUACUACAUGAUAUGAUCUUGGGCAAAGAUGAGCAUAUAGUUUCUUGCACGGGAGAUAAACUUGUUCCAAAUUUUAAUAAAGAAUAAAGAGUGGUACAUAUACUAGAGGAGUAGAGGGGCUGGAAAAUGGUAGCUCAAGUACAGAUGUUAAGCAUAUCAUUUAGGCCCAUAAACAAUGGAUACUUCUUCGGUUGAUUUGACAUUACUGUGAAAUGUGCUUUUGGGGUUCCUCUAAUCUUUUACUCUAUUUGAUUGGCCUUUGUCCGUUUAAGUUAAUUAAACUAGAUGAUGGAUGGUAGAUGUUCUAUAUUUGUGAUCUUUGAUGAAUUGUUGAUGCAUUUAUGUCCAGCCUUUUUCCGUUUGUUAUAUCUCAGAACUCGGAUGUGCUGGUAAGGGAGUAGGAUGCUUAAUGUCUGCAAAUGCGUUUUCUCUUCGUGAUUAUUCAUUAUGAAUGGUGGAAUGCACACAUUAUGGGCUUCUGUGGUGAUGAGUUACGAUGGUUUAGAUGAUCUAAUUGAUGGUGAAGGAUCUAAAAACCUAUCUGAUAUUCAUCCUGAUGGAGGAGCAGAUGAUUAUGAUUUCUCCUUAAUGUGUAAACAAUUCUCUUCAAUCAUGUUGGGUUCUUCUCCACCUGUUGAACUAUUCAGUGGGAUAACAUCUAACCAUGGAGACAAUGGGCUUUGGGCCACAAAAAUUUGUAGAGAGUUUCUCUCUAGCUCUGUGGGUGAACAAUUGAUCAGUCCCGAUUCCCUAUAUGAGACAUGGCAAAUUUUGUUUUCGGGUGCGGCUAAUAUUCCUGAUACUUUGGAGACAGAAACAAGAAAAGACUUGCAGUUCACUGUAGAUAAACCUUCUAACCUGCCUCACCAUGGGGUCAAACAGAAUGAUGAAUUGGUUGAAGUAAUGCUUGAUCAGUCUAUUAGCUUUAUUCCUGGGCUCAGCAAACGGAACUCUCGUCAGCUGGAAAACUGUGGCCUUCACACAUUGCGCAAAUUGCUGCAGCAUUUUCCUCGGACAUAUGUUGAUCUGCAAAAUGCACAGGGUGGAAUUGAGGAUGGGCAAUACUUGAUUUUUAUUGGAAAAAUCAAAUCCUCAAGGGGAAUAAGAGCUAGUUAUUCUUUGUCAUUCCUUGAGGUGGUUGUCACUUGUGAUGUUGUAGAUAAUGAAUCACCAUCCACUUCUAGGGAUGAUAGUGCCGAUUUAAUGAGUGAUAAAGCUGAUAAUGUCAGGAAGAAAACAGUAUUUUUACACUUGAAAAAGUUUUUCCGUGGCACUCGCUUCACGUAUCUACCUUUUCUCAAGAGCAUAGAGGAGAAGCAAAAGGUGGGAGACAUUGUAUGUGUCAGUGGUAAGGUGCGAAUUAUGAGGUCAAAAAAUCAUUACGAGAUGAGGGAAUACAAUAUGGAUGUGCUACAAGAUGAAAAGGAUCCAUCUGUUUGUGCACAAGGGAGGCCGUAUCCUAUAUAUCCUUCAAAAGGAGGUUUAAGCUCUAACUUUCUUAGGGAUGUGAUUUCAAGAGCCUUAAAGGUGCUUCCAUCCAAUAUCGAUCCUAUACCUGAAGAUCUGGCUCAUGAUUUUGGACUCUUAUGCCUUCAUGACGCAUAUGCAGGAAUUCACCAGCCAAAAAGCGUAAAAGAGGCUGAGUUAGCUCGCAAGAGGCUUGUAUUUGAUGAAUUCUUUUAUCUUCAGCUUGGGCGGCUAUUCCAAAUGCUUGAAGGUCUUGGUACCAAAGUAGAGAAAGAUGGAUUGCUGGAUAAGUAUCGGAAAUCGGAAUUCAAUUUGAUAAACACAGAUGGAUGGUCCAUGCUGACUAAGAAAUUUCUGAAGGCUCUUCCUUAUUCUCUUACAUUGAGUCAAUUGCGAGCUGCUUCAGAAAUUAUUUGGGAUCUAAAGCAACCUGUUCCCAUGAAUCGUCUACUACAGGGUGAUGUUGGAUGCGGGAAAACUGUGGUUGCUUUUUUAGCAUGUUUGGAGGUUAUCAGUUUAGGUUACCAGGCAGCUUUUAUGGUCCCAACCGAGUUGCUUGCUGUUCAGCAUUAUGAGCAAAUUAAAAACUUAUUAGCCAACAUGGAAGCGGCAGAAUGCAAACCAUCAGUUGCUCUAUUGACUGGCUCAACAUCUACAAAGGAAUCACGGUUGAUUCGCCAGGGUCUCCAAACUGGAGAUAUCUCUUUGGUCAUUGGGACUCACAGCUUAAUCGCUGAAAAAGUGGAAUUUUCAGCUUUACGCAUUGCUGUUGUGGAUGAGCAACAUCGGUUUGGAGUUAUCCAGAGAGGACGAUUUAACAGCAAGUUAUAUUACAACUCAAUAAGUUCCAAGCUGUCUUCGAGUAUCUCGGACGAUUCCUCCAAGGACAGUGUAGUUAUGGCUCCUCAUGUCCUAGCUAUGUCGGCCACUCCAAUCCCGAGGUCACUUGCUCUAGCUUUGUAUGGAGAUAUGUCUUUGACACAGAUCACUGAUUUGCCUCCUGGAAGAAUUCCUGUUGAAACAUUUGUGAUUGAAGGAAAUGAACCUGGAUUUGAGAAGGUCUAUCAGAUGAUGUCUGAUGAGUUAGAAGUAGGGGGUAAGAUAUAUCUUGUUUAUCCGGUCAUUGAACAAUCCGAGCAAUUGCCUCAGCUUCGUGCAGCUUCUGCUGAUCUUGAGACUAUAUCUCAAAAGUUUUCAAGUUACAACUGUGGUCUCUUACAUGGAAAAAUGAAGGGUGACGAUAAAAGUGAAGCACUAAACCUGUUUAGAUCCGGAGAAACCAAUAUCUUGCUCUCAACGCAAGUUAUUGAGAUUGGGGUUGAUAUUCCAGAUGCAUCUAUGAUGGUUGUUAUGAAUGCUGAGAGAUUUGGAAUUGCUCAAUUGCAUCAACUUAGAGGACGAGUUGGACGUGGAGAAAGGAAGUCCAAGUGUAUAUUGGUGGCAUCAACUGACAGCAGUCUAAGUCGUUUGCAGGUGCUUGAGAAAUCAUCUGACGGUUUUUACCUCGCAAAUAUGGAUCUUGUAAUGAGAGGACCUGGAGACUUACUUGGGAGGAAGCAGUCAGGACAUCUUCCAGAGUUUCCUAUUGCUCGGUUAGAGAUAGAUGGAAAUAUCAUACAAGAUGCUCAUCUUGCUGCUUUGAAAAUCUUGGGUGAUUCUCUUGAUCUGGAGAAAUAUCCAAAGAUCAAGGCUGAACUUAGCAUGAGGCAGCCACUGUGUCUUCUAGGUGACUAGUCUCCAGCUAUGACCGGUAAGGCGUGAAGUUCCAAUUAUGAUGGCCUGGACACUCAACUAUAAAAUUUGCAUAGUAACUUUGUAUAUGAUUAGAAGAUCUUGAUGUACAUUAAUCAAUGAAAAACUUCAUUUUUGUACAUGCUGUAAAAGGGAUGUUGGUCCUUGUGUAUAUCCAAUUUUGUAAGACCUCUUCCAAGCUGCUACAACUUUGUCUUUAGAAGUUCAUUUGUGUUUCAUGGUAUAGAGGACCUAUUACACAGACAUAGCAGGUUUCAGUAUGUUUGAGAGAUGACACUAUCGAUGCUUUGGUACUGAAGACAGAUGUGGUAGCAGUUUUUGUUCUUCUCGUUGUACUUUAUUGUGUAUCUUGGGCAAAAAUUACUUGCUUAUUUGAAGUCAAGAGGCGGAUCUAGAGUACGUGUGGGUUCAUGUGAAGCUAGUAGUUUUUGUUUAGAUCUUGUAUGUAUAUAGUAAGAAAUCCCCUAAAAAUUCAUAAUUUUUUUACUGUAAGUUCAGUUAUUAUUGUACAUUAAUUUGAAAUUGUUGUAAGAAUUCAUAAACUUUAAAUUUUGAAUCCGUCUCUGUAUAAAGUGUCAUUCAAGGCUCAAACCUGUUGACAUUCGCAAGAAUAGCAACGGUGCCCAAACAAAUAAUUAUUAGAAUAACAGACUUUGGUUUGACA